GAAAGUCAUCUUACUUAUCAACAAUAUGCAUAUCUAUAUUUAUGUGUAUUUUUCAUAUUUUUCUGAUAAGAGUCGCUGAUUAAAUUACGUAGACAAAAAUUAAUUUUGACAGAUAGAAAAGGACAACAAAAAUGACAGCUGGAAGCUUGUAAUUAUUUAAUUAAGUAUUUAUAAAUUAAUUAAUUUAUUUUUGUAGAGCUAUUGCUAUGAAUUCCUCGUCGUUAAACUCCUCUGUCGGGUCCAAUACUUCAAGUAUUUCCGAUUCUACAAUUAAUUUGAAAAGCAAAUUAACAAGUAUUAUCAAAAAGUUGAAUACUAUUUUUGUCGGCGAGUAUUUGGAGCGGCGAUUGGUCAAGAAUCAUCCGUCUCCUGUUUACAAAGAUAUUGUUGUAGUUGACAAAGACGAAGAGAUUGUCAAAAUUUUAAAACAAAUUUAUAAUGUUGUUCGAGAAGAACUCAAUGGAGAAAAAUCUCUCGGAAUUACUAGAACAAUUAUUGAUGACGAAGUUCAAGAUUAUAAAUUAUGGGUUGACUUGGACCCAACUCCACUUGGCAAAUAUUGGUUCCAAAUAAAAUCUGUCAAAAUUUACGACAACACUGUCCAGUUUAAUUUAAAACGUUUAAAGUCAUUUCACAAUACGUCUCGAAGAUCAACUAUCCCAGAAGAAUAUCCCGAAUUCGAUAUAAAUGAAAUUUUGACGUAUCACAAUUUCGUAGAGGCCUCAAAAUUUCUCGCAGUUGUCUUAAUGAGCCUGAUAACACUCCUCGCAAAUUUUCUCUGGUACUUUGCUGAUUUCAGUAUUAAAAUAACCCACGAGCUAUCGAAUUUAGUCAGAGCAUUGACGCCGAUAUUAUUCGGCCUCUAUGAAUUUUUGAGCCGAUGCGUGGGAGGAUUGUACUGGCUGAUCUUUAUGCUCUGUCGAGGGACCAGUGUAGCGCCUCCUAGACAGCCGAUAGCUCUCAUGCCUAACGUUCGUAGGUCCGGGUAUGACACCAGAAACACAUACGGGCGAUACAGAUAGUCAUUAGUCUUACAAUUUAAUUUAAUCUUGUUUUUUUAAUUGAAUUAAAAAAACUUUACACUAAUUUUAAUGACAUUGAAAUUAACAGACACUUAAAAAUUUUUUAAUUGACAAAAUC